AUGGCUGCGCGCAUGAAAACAGCAUUGCGAUUUAUUGAUAUUGGCGCCAAUCUAACAGAUCCUGUAUUCCGUGGUGUCUAUCGUGGCUCACAAAAACAUCAAGAUGAUUUUACUGAUGUCCUACAAAGAGCUGUUGAUGUUGGAAUUCAAAAGAUCUUUGUGACUGGUGGUAGUUUAGAAGAUAGCAAAGAAGCUUUAGAACUUGCAAAAACAAAUGAUAACCUAUACAGUACAGUGGGGUGCCAUCCAACACGGUGUACUGAGUUUGAAGCGGAGAACAGUCCGGAAAAAUAUUUACAAGAUUUAUAUGACCUUGUAGAUCAGAAUAAAGAGAAGGUGAUUGCAAUAGGAGAGUGUGGUCUAGACUAUGACAGACUCCAUUUUUGUUCCAAAGAAAUUCAGUUGAAAUACUUUGAAAAACAGUUUCACCUUGCUGAGAAAACCAAACUACCGAUGUUUCUUCAUUGCAGAAACUCUCACGUUGAUUUGAUAGACAUACUGAAAAGAAACCAGGACAGAUUUACAGGAGGUGUGGUGCAUACUUUUGAUGGUUCUAAGGAAGAAGCAUCCAGUUUAUUAGAAAUGGGUUUAUAUAUUGGGAUAAAUGGAUGUUCUCUUAAAAGCCAAGAUAACGUUGAUGUUAUGUGUGGAAUACCCAGUGAGAGACUCAUGAUUGAAACAGAUGCACCAUGGUGUGAGAUACGUCCUUCACAUGCUGGGCAUAAAUUUAUUAAGACACAGUUACAGACGAAGAAGAAAGAGAAAUGGACACAUGGAUUUGGUGUGAAAAGUCGAAAUGAGCCAUGCAACAUCAUUCAAGUGUUGGAGGUCAUGGCGGCAGCGAGAGAUGAAGAUAUUGUGGAGCUUGCAGAUACGUUAUAUGAAAACACACAGAAAUUGUUUUUUGGUGGAAAGUCCUGAAUAUAGACAGUUGUUUAAACAAUUACAUUUCGAAUGCAUGACUUCUCUCAAUACAUGAUAUGGUUUAUUUGCUUAAAAGUAAGGAAUGGAACAUUUUAUGAUAGAACAAGUGUACUGUGUCAUAUUUCUUUGGUAAUGAAUUUUCUUUCACCAUAUAGAUACAUCACAGACUGGC